CUGCAAGUGAGCAGAUGAUUUUCGUGUUUUUAUCAGUUUUUAUCGCAUUAAUAUCAUUUUGAGUGUAUUAUUAGGCGUUAGUGGGCGUAGGAGUGCUCGUGUGUUUUGUGUGAAGCUCGUGAACUUUUCGUAGCGCACUGGUUCGUAAAAAAUCGAUACUUUUUGCAAAAAUAUCACUGGUGCAGAUUUGUCCAGUGAUUUUCCUGUUUAGCUAAUUUACUGAUGACAGUGAUGAUUAAACGAUGGUACCGUUCACGGAGAAACCAAGUCGUGAUGUUCAUCAUACUCAUGGGUUGUUUGAUUUACUACGUAAUGAUCAGCAACAGUCUGCCUCAGGAACCAAACCUUGAUCUCACAAGAAGUACCGUAGAGAAGUUUCAUGGUAGAAUAGUUGCCGACUACAAUGGCACUGUGGUUUUGGCUGGCCUAAAAAGAAGUUCUAUUGUUGAGUUCAUAGAAAAGAAACUACAAGAGGCAUUAAAGUACGAUAAAGGUACGGGCUGUGAGAUACCAGUUCUAGACCCUUUCAACAAGGAGGUGACCCAGUUCCUUAAGGAACCAAAGAAGGUGACAUGCAAAGGCCAAGAUUGGGUGAAAUGCUAUUUCUCAGAAUGCAGGGUAGUGCAAGAAAUCUUGGACACGACGCGAGAUAUAGUGUGCACGUACAGGGACAUAAUAUAUGAGAGCGAUCAGAAGUACUACUUGGGUUCUCCAGUCGACGUGUAUAUGACCGAUCCAUACACCCUGACCAAGAGUGACCAUGUCAAGAUCAAGUGUGUGGGUACACAUUUGAACUCAAUACUACCCUCAAAAUGGAACGGAGUCGCAGUGGGUUACAGAAAAGACCUCCCAUCUAUCCCGCCUCCAAAGAAUCCAGAUCCCAUAAGUGUGCUGAUCUUCGGCUACGAUUCGUUGUCGAAGAACGGGUUCAUUCGUCGAAUGCCGAAGACACACAAGUAUAUCGUGGAGCAGAUGGAGGCUACGAUAUUGCACGGCUAUAACAUCGUAGGAGACGGUACCCCGGCGGCACUUUUCCCAAUCCUUAGUGGUUAUACGGAGCUGGAGAUGCCAGAUGUAAGGAAGAAGGUGAAGAACAACAACCAUACCUUGGACAUCAAAAAGUUUAUCUUCCACAGAGUGAAGCAGCAUGGUUACCGUACGGCCUACUACGAGGACAGUCCCUGGAUCGGCACGUUUCAGUACCGUUUCAACGGCUUCAACGGGCAGCCGGCGGAUCAUUAUCUCCGCGCGUUCUUCCAGGAGGACGCUAAGACGUCAUUCCAGACGUACUGUGUGGGGGACACGCCUAGGCAUAGAAUAAUGAUGAACAUUACUGAACAGUUUCUUCACCAACCGGAUCCAAAGUUCAUAUUCACGUUCAUUGCUGACGUCACGCAUGACAACAUCAAUAUGAUAUCCUGGGCUGAUGACGCGACUGUGGACUUCUUAACCAACUUCAAAAGAAUGGGCCGCCAUAAGGACACGCUGUUAUUGUUCAUGGGAGACCAUGGGACUAGAUACGCCAACGUCAGAAAGACCCUCCAAGGGCGUCUAGAAGAACGGUUACCAGUUAUGGCCAUCCUACUCCCCGAGAACUUAGUUAAGAAGCGUCCUUCAGCUUCGAAAGCCUUGGAACACAACGCUGGUGUACUGACGACCCCGCACGACGUGCACGCCAUGAUCCUGGACGCUUUGGGGCUGAGCGAGCAGACGCGCGACUAUAGAGUGGCGGGCGCGGACUUGCCGCGGGCCAUGUCGCUGCUGGAGCCGAUACCCAAGAACCGUUCCUGCAGCGAGGCAGGUAUUGAACCGCAUUGGUGCGCGUGCGUCUCGUGGAAAAACGUGACCGUCGGCGACCCCAUGCACGACCGAGUGGCCAACGCGUUGGUCGACUUCAUCAACGAACUUACUCUGCCAGUCAGAGAUCAAUGUGUUCCUCGAACUUUGACGAGCAUAUCGUGGGUUAUGAAGCAACAACCUAACAAGGGCGUCAUGGAGUUUAAAGAGUCGAAAGAUGCCGAUGGCUACGUAGGUGCAUUUGGGCCUUCGAUAAAACCAAUAACGGAGAAUUACCAAGUCAAGAUAACAGUGGGCCCUGGAACUGGUGUGUAUGAAGCCACGCUGACACAUAGAACGGCUGAGGAAAAGUUUACUGUUGACGUUCGAGAUAUAUCCAGAACUAAUAUGUAUCACCACGAGCCCGACUGCAUACAUCUCACACAUCCGCAUCUCAACAUGUUCUGUUAUUGCAAAAAUCAAGUGAAAAGCCAUUAACUUUAACCGUGCAAUUAAUUCAAAGCAAAAUGAAGAUAAUAUGUGUUUUAAGUGGAUACAAUAUUGGAGCAAUAUAGCAGUCUCCAAGCGAAGAUAUUUGUUGUAAGUAUAGUCUGGUCUGUAAGCACGUAGUAUUUGGUCCAAUGACCCCAAGCUACCCAUCCUUAUCGCUCGCGC